AUAGGCGCCCACACACAGACACACACACGGACACACACAGGCGCGCGCACACAGGCACACACACGGACACACAGGCGCGCACACACAGGCACAAACACACAGGCGCACACAUAGGCGCACACACACACAGGCGUACACACGUACACAGGCACACAAACAGGAACACACAGGUACACACGCACACACAGACACAGGCACAGACGCACACACACACACACACACACACACAGGCACACAAACAGGCACUCACAAACAGGCACUCACACACAGGCACGCGCACGCACACGCGCGCGCACACACACACACACACACACACACACGGGCACACAAUGCCCGCCCCCACUCCAGCCCGUGGGCGUGGUCCCCAGCGUCUGCGAAUUCGCGGGCCCGGGGCGGGGCGGGCCUGCCCGGGGGCCCCUGACAGCCGCGGGAGAGAGCGGCUGGUCGCACCUCGGGCCGCGCCGCCCAGCUGCUGACAGCCUCCCUGCGCGCCGGUCCAUGCUGGUCCCGGUCUUUGUUCUGGGGCCGGCGCCGAGACAUGCGCGGCUGACGAUGGAGGUGGAGGACUCGGGCGGCGUGGUGCUGACCGCCUACCACUCGUACGCCCGCGCCCAGCCCCCCAACGCCGAGUCGCGCUGCGCGCCCCGCGCCGCCGCCAGCCACCCGCUCAGCAGAAAAUCCAUUCCUCGCUGCCGAAGAAUUAACAGGAUGCUGUCCAAUGAAUCCCUCCAUCCUCCUGCCUUCAGCCGUUCCAACUCAGAAGCCUCUGUAGACAGCGCCUCCAUGGAGGAUUUCUGGCGGGAAAUAGAAAGUAUUAAAGAGAGCAGCAUGGGAGGGCAAGAAGAGCCACCGUCAGCUGAGGUCACACCUGCAGAUGAAGGAGAACUUGAAGCAGAAUGGCUGCAAGAUGUGGGUUUAUCAACUCUGAUCUCAGGUGAUGAAGAGGAAGAUGGCAAAGCCUUGCUCUCUACAUUGACUCGAACCCAAGCAGCUGCCGUGGAAAAGAGAUACAAUACCUAUACCCAAACCAUGAGGAAAAAGAAUAAGCAAUCUAUCAGGGAUGUCAGAGACAUUUUUGGAGUCAGUGAAUCUCCUCCUCAUGAUACCUGUGGCAACCACACUAAUCAGCUGGAUGGCACCAAGGAAGAAAGAGAGCUUCCAAGAGUUAUCAAGACAAGUGGUUCCAUGCCAGAUGAUGCUUCUCUCAACAGUACUACCCUGUCUGAUGCAUCCCAGGAUAAAGAAGGGAGUUUUGCAGUUCCCAGGAGUGACUCUGUGGCUAUACUUGAGACCAUUCCAGUUCUACCAGUUCAUUCCAAUGGAUCACCAGAGCCUGGACAACCAGUUCAGAAUGCGAUAAGUGAUGAUGAUUUUCUGGAAAAGAACAUUCCACCAGAGGCUGAAGAGCUGUCAUUUGAAGUGUCUUAUUCAGAGAUGGUUACAGAGGCUCUAAAAAGAAAUAAACUUAAGAAAUCAGAGAUUAAGAAAGAAGACUAUGUUUUAACUAAAUUUAUUAUUCAGAAAACCAGAUUUGGCUUAACUGAAGCAGGAGAUCUGUCUGCUGAAGACAUGAAGAAAAUCCGCCAUCUCUCUCUGAUUGAAUUGACUGCCUUUUUUGAUGCCUUUGGAAUUCAACUGAAAAGAAACAAAACAGAGAAAGUAAAAGGACGAGACAAUGGGAUUUUUGGAGUCCCACUUACAGUCCUCCUGGACAGUGACCGAAAGAAAGACCCUGGAGUGAAAGUUCCCCUGGUGUUACAAAAAUUUUUUGAGAAAGUUGAGGAAUCAGGUCUGGAAUCUGAAGGAAUUUUUCGACUUUCGGGAUGUACUGCUAAAGUCAAGCAAUACCGUGAAGAACUUGAUGCCAAGUUUAAUGCUGAUAAAUUUAAAUGGGACAAAAUGUGCCAUAGAGAAGCUGCAGUAAUGUUGAAAGCAUUUUUCAGAGAACUACCCACCUCUCUCUUCCCUGUGGAAUAUAUACCUGCCUUCAUCAGUCUAAUGGAAAGAGGGCCUCACGUCAAAGUACAGUUUCAAGCCUUACACCUCAUGGUCAUGGCGCUGCCUGAUGCCAACAGAGAUACAGCUCAGGCCCUCAUGACAUUCUUCAAUAAAGUGAUUGCCAAUGAAUCAAAAAACCGAAUGAGUCUGUGGAACAUUUCUACAGUGAUGGCACCAAACCUUUUCUUCAGUAGAAGCAAACACUCUGAUUAUGAAGAAUUACUGUUAGCAAACACUGCGGCCCACAUCAUCCGCCUAAUGCUUAAGUACCAGAAGAUUUUGUGGAAGGUUCCCUCUUUCUUAAUCACUCAAGUAAGAAGAAUGAAUGAAGCCACGAUGCUGUUGAAGAAGCAGCUCCCGAGUGUCAGGAAGCUGCUCAGGAGGAAGACCCUCGAGCGGGAGACUGCAAGCCCCAAGACUUCAAAGGUACUGCAAAAAUCACCCUCGGCAAGAAGAAUGUCUGACGUGCCGGAAGGAGUCAUACGGGUCCAUGCUCCACUUCUCUCCAAGGUGUCCAUGGCCAUUCAACUCAACAAUCAAACCAAAGCCAAAGACAUAUUGGCAAAAUUUCAAUAUGAAAACAGUCAUGGUUCAUCAGAAUGUAUUAAGAUUCAGAACCAAAGGUUAUAUGAAAUUGGAGGAAAUAUAGGAGAGCAUUGCUUGGAUCCAGAUGCUUAUAUAUUGGAUGUAUAUCGUAUAAAUCCUCAAGCAGAAUGGGUGAUUAAACCCCAACCAAGUUCUUAAAAUAUCCUCGAGAUAGCUGCUAUCAUGUAUUAUAUGCCAAAAAGAUCCUACAUUUUGGUAGGGAAAAAACAACACUGUGUUUGAUUUGUUCCUACAGCCUUCUCAGUAUUUCUGGCCCUCAGCAGUGGGCAUUGUCAGCAUGAACUAUGGAAGAGGCGCUGGUUCACCAAUUCAACUGAAGCUUUUUCAUGACAUUUUUUUAAUAAAAGUAAAGGAAAGAUGAUGUGGUCCUUCCAGAAGAAAGACCAAUCUAGAAUAUGGAACUCUAAUCACUUCUUAGUAUUUCAACUUCCUAGCAGAAAUGAACUUGGCCCUAGACCUAGGGAUAAGCAAUGUUCUUUAUGUAGCCAAUGCUACGAAACAAAAGAGGUGAAAGAGACCCUUUUUUAUACUUAAUGUACAUAUAUUGACUUUUUGAGCAAGAAUGCCAGAAAUAGCCUUCAUUUCUACCCUGCAAAAUAAUCCAGAUCUGCUUUCUAAAGAGAAUCAGUUUCUAAAGUGAAACAUGCAAUAUUUAUGCUCUGACUGACUCCUGAAUUGGAGGAGGAAGAACUUCUGUUUAAAGAAAACUGUAUUGUUAUGUAUGUCAGGCUGUGUAUUGUGACUAUCAGCAUUCUGGUGCAAAUGAACUUAUCUCUAUCAUCGACUGUGGAAAAUUGAUACUUUUAAAGCAUAUUCUUCUGUGAGCACAGGUCCUCCUAGUGAAGCUUAGUUUGACAAAGGGUGUCGUAUGCUUUCCUAACCUUAUUUGUAGUUAACAUUCACAGAGCCUCCAUUUUCUCAUUAUGGUUAUGAUGCUCAGUAUCUUUCCAAGUGCCAGCACGGGCUUCCUUUUCUGAUCAAACAUACCAUUUUUUAUAUUUCACAACUAUAGACAGUCACUUCUGCAGUCCCAAUUUAAAAAUGCAGAACUGCUUUAUCCAAGAAUGCUGAAAAAUACUGUUCUAUCCAGGUUUUAUAAACUGUAAAAGCAGAUUUUGCUUUUGUUUGUUAAUCAUAGGCAUGGCCGAGCAUUGUGGAUUAGCCUGAGGCUUAAAAUCAGAUGCAUGUCUGGUAAGAUGACCACUGUCUCACUAUCAAGAGCCUGCGGAGCCAUUUUCCAGACCUGUGAUUGCCCAGAACACAUAGUCCCCACGUUUCUAAUUUGGAGCAAAUUUAAAAGGUGCUGAGGGAUUGGACAGCUCUGCCUUUCCUUGAGACUACGGAUAUAGUCCUUCUCGGAUUAGCUGGAAAUGGGGAUAGAGUUCUCAUUUAUCCCAGACAUAUACAUUGGCUUUUUUGGAAUCUACAGAUUGAGAUUUUGAUGAAUUUAUAUUGGUUUUAAUGAGACCAAAAUGACUCUCUCUUAACAAUUCAAGCAGUAGACAAAUUUGCUCACAAAUACAGAAAACAUCUUUUUGUCUACUUCACAAGUCUCAAAACAUGAUAAUAUUUAAGCCCAUUUGUAGAAGAAAUCUUGUAUAUACUAUAUUACACCUUGAUAUCUAUACAGAACAUCGCUUAUAUUAAAACAUGUAGAUAACUUUCUGGCAUUUAGGAUUUUGUUCCAUUCAUUUGAUUUGUUCAUUUGAGAAUUUUUUUUUUUUUUUUUUGCCUGAAAACCCAUUAAAAGAAAACAUGCCUUCUGUAUAAGUUUAUGUUUAUUCCUACAUUUUAUUCAUUUUUAAUGUAUGGGUAAUUGGCACGUGACUUUACAUAAUGAAUUUCUAGACUCUGAAAAAAAUGCUUUUAUCAUUUUUGCAAUUCAGACAAGGGUAAACAUUUUACUUUAUGUAAUUGCCACGUCCCAAGAUGUAAAACGGCAGUAAUUUAUGACCACAUAUGGAAGAAAUUCUUCAAAUAGUUACCUUACGUUUCUGCAUAUAUAUGAAAACUGAGUGAUAUUUCUCAGUGUGUUUCCUUGCAUUUGAAUAGUUCAAUUCUGUUGUGUUUGUAUAGAAAAUUCAUAAAUCUGUUCAUUUAAUUUUUUAUUUGAGAAUUUUUAUUUCUUUUGACUGGAAACACAUUAGAACCUAUGAGUAAAUUCUGAAGAUUUUAAGAUUUACUUCAGCUUGUCACCAGUUUCAAAUAAAUCCCUAAUAGGUAACAAGUAAAA